GCAGAGCAGCUUCUCUCUUGCUGCAAUGGCUGGGAAGAACGGCGCGGGUGGCCUUCUUGCCGUGCUCGUCGUCGUCGUCCUCGUUUGCUUCGGGGUGGGCGGCGUGCUCGGCGCCGGCGGGAGCGAUGACCACUUCGUCUACUCCGGCUUCACCGGCGCGCCACUCGCGCUCGACGGCACUGCCGUCAUCACGCCGACAGGGCUGCUCGAGCUGACCAACGGCACGGCGCAGCUCAAGGCCCACGCGGUGCACCCGGCGCCGCUGCGGUUCCACGUCGGCUCGCCGUCCGGCGGCGGCGGCGGCGGCGUGGUGCGCUCCUUCUCGGCGUCGUUCGUGUUCGGGAUCAUUCCCCCGUACUCCGACCUGAGCGGCCACGGCAUCGUCUUCUUCGUCGGCAAGAACAACUUCACCGCCGCGCUGCCGAGCCAGUACCUGGGCCUCCUCAACAGCGGCAACAACGGCAACGCCACCAACAACAUCUUCGGCGUCGAGCUCGACACGAUCUUCAGCUCCGAGUUCCAGGACCCGAACGACAACCACGUCGGCAUCGACAUCAACAGCCUCAAGUCCGUCGCCGCGAGCGCCGCCGGCUACUUCGACGACAAGACCGGCGCCUUCCGCGGCCUGUCCCUCAUCAGCGGCAAGGCCAUGCAGGUCUGGGUGGACUACGACGGCGCCACCACGCAGAUCAGCGUGUUCAUGGCUCCCCUCAGGAUGGCCAAGCCUUCGCGGCCACUGGUGUCCGCCAUGCACAACCUCUCCCAGGUGCUCGUGGAGCCGGUGUACGUGGGAUUCUCGUCGGCGACGGGCACGGUCAGGUCGCGCCACUACGUUCUUGGCUGGAGCUUCGCCAUGGACGGCCCUGCUCCUGCCAUCGACAUCAACAUGCUGCCCAAGCUGCCAUUUUAUGGCACCAAGGCAAGGUCAAGGGUAUUGGACAUAGUCCUCCCCAUAGCGACCGCGGUGUUCGUCCUCGGUGUGGUGGUGGUCGUGGUUUUCCUCGUCCGGAGGAGAUUGAGGUACGCUGAGCUGCGGGAAGAUUGGGAGGUUGAAUUCGGGCCGCAUCGAUUCACGUACAAGGAUUUGUUCCGCGCGACGGAAGGAUUCAAGGCGAAGAUGUUGCUUGGCAUAGGAGGAUUUGGGAGGGUAUACAAGGGAGUUCUACCGAAAUCCAAUAUGGAGGUUGCUGUGAAGAAAGUGUCCCACGAAUCGAGGCAAGGCAUAAAGGAGUUCAUUGCGGAGGUCGUAAGUAUUGGCCGUCUUCGUCAUCGGAACCUUGUGCAGUUACUAGGUUAUUGCCGACGAAAAGGUGAACUUAUUUUGGUUUACGACUACAUGCCAAAUGGUAGCCUUGAUAAAUACCUAUAUGAUGAUAAGAACAGGCCUACUUUGGAUUGGACUCAAAGGUUCCGCAUCAUUAAAGGGGUAGCAUCUGGUCUACUAUAUAUUCACGAAGAUUGGGAGCAAGUUGUCAUCCAUCGAGACAUUAAAGCAAGUAAUGUGCUCCUCGAUAGCGAGAUGAAUGGACGGCUAGGUGAUUUUGGUCUAGCAAGAUUAUACGAUCAUGGUGCUGAUCCGCAAACCACACAUGUGGUUGGUACCAUGGGAUACCUAGCCCCGGAAUUAGCCCGAUCCGGGAAGGCUACCACUCUGACCGAUGUUUUUGCCUUCGGUGCCUUUGUUCUUGAGGUCGCAUGUGGACGAAGACCCGUUGAGCAAGCCAUGCCGGACAACCAGCUCAUGCUGGUCGAUUGGGUGCUUGAAAAUUGGCAGAAGGGGACCCUCUCAAAGGUAAUCGAUGCGAGGCUCCAUGGUAACUAUGAUGCUGAUGAGGCGAUGCUAGCACUGAAGCUAGGGUUGCUGUGCUCACAUCCAUUACCCAAUGCGAGGCCUAGCAUGCGACAGGUUGUGCAGUAUCUCGAAGGUGACAUGCCCUUCCCGGAGCUAACGCCAACACAUCUAAGCUUCAGCAUGCUAGCUCUUAUGCAGAACGAAGGCUUUGACUCCUUUGUCAUGUCAACAUCGCUUCCUUCGGAGACGAUGAUGACCAUGGGCACAAUGAGUGGCCUUUCUGGAGGAAGAUAGCACAUUAGCACCUGCUUGAUUUUCUUUAACAAGAGUUUUAUUUUGUGUAACUCUUUGUACUAUUGAUAGUAACUAGUAAUUCACUGCUGCCUAUAAAAAUUCUCUUUGGUUUUGAGACGCAAAGAGUAUUUUCUAGAAAUAUAUUAAUAAUAGAGCAAUGAUAUAUUGUUGUGCGCAAAGCAAAUUCUUAUGGUAGAGUAGAUAGUAAAGUAAGAGAAAUUUUACGGUGUUUGAGAGAGGUACUAAAUAUUAGUGUAAUAUUUUGACUCCAAAAGUUCUAAGUAUC